AUGGAAGGAUCUGAUAUUCCCCAAAAAGUAUUCAAAAAACUCAAAGAAGACGACGAAAACAACUACUGUUUCGAUUGCAUAAGUCCUGACCCCGAAUAUGCUUCCAUAACUUAUGGGAUUUUUAUAUGCUCUAAGUGUGCUCAAGCUCACAGCUCCAUUCACCCAUUUACCGAAAUAAUAAAAUUGCUGCGUGAUAAAACCUGGACACCCCAGCAUUUAAAGCACAUGACUGCAGGAGGAAAUUCAACCCUCAAAGAUUAUUUCAACAUAUAUGGUUUUAAUCAUUUGACACGAAUAGAAAUCAAAUAUAAUAGCAAAGCAGCUCAUUAUUAUAGAAAAAGAUUAUGCGUCAUUUCUCAAGGCAAAAAUUUCGAGCCUGGGGUUUUGGAGGUUGAGGAAGGAAAAAAAAUUAUUGACGAAAAUAUGGACUUUGAAGGAAAAAAGGUUGAAAAAGUAAAGCAUACUGGAAUAAGGGGAAUAUAUGAUUUUACUAUGGAUUUAACUAUGGAUACUGGGUCUUUUGCGUUUGGGUUAGUAAAACCUGUAUUAAAAACUGCUGAAAAUACGAUAUGGUAUGUUGUGGAGUCUGCAGAGUCUGCAGUUUAUAAUGUAGCUGGCAAAACAAUUCGUACAGGGCUUUCUACUCUUGGAGUUGCCAAAAAAAUAGCAGCUUCUAUGAUCAAACUUGGAGGAAUUACUACAGAAAAUGUCGUUAAAUCAGGAAGCACAAUGGCCAAAGAAAUGGUGAAGCAUCCGAUGAAGCCAAUUAAUAUGAUGACAAGCUCUAUUCCUGUGAGCAGCGCUAAACAGAUAUUAAAAUUACCUCAAAUACAUGAAAAAUUACAAGGAAGCCAAAUGGUGAACAUUGCAGAUCUCAAUUUAAAUCCAUACAGUUCUGCUGAUAAGGGCGAAUUUAAAGGUGGAGUUGCAUCUCUGAAAAUUUCUUUUGAUAAAGCUGAUUCUGAUCUGAAUACUCAACAGAUGAAAAAAGAAGCAAUGAACCUUGUUGGAGAAUUUGAAAAAUUAUGGGUAGGAAAGGAAAUGAACCAAUAUUAUGAUGGAAACCAAUUAAAUGAAGAAGAAAGAAAAUUGGAAAUUGAGCAGUGCAGAAUGGAAGCAAGGGAAUAA